CUAAUUAUUUAUUUAUUCUAUUAACCUUUUCUUCUUCUUCUUCUUUUCCUUUUCCUUUCUAUAUCUAUUCAAUAAGCUAAAAUAGUUCAAGAGAAUAAUGUCCGCUCAAUUUCAAGCUGCUGAUAAUAUGUCUACUACUGAAGCUGUUUCUGGUGAAGAAUUAAAGAAAAGUUCUACAUUUCUUGAACAUGUUAAACAAUACCCCCUUGUUAACUCAACCAAAGCCGCUGUUUAUUCAAUCCCAUAUACCAAGGAAGUAAUUGAUGCUGUUUCUCCUACUUUAAAGUCAAUUAGAGACACUCAACCCAUUAAGAUUGCUGUUGAUACUGGUGACGCCAUUGCUGAUAACGCUUUAAACCAAGUUGAUAAAUUAGUUCCAGGUUUAAAAACCUUAGAAAUUGGUCAUUUAACUUCCCCAAUUACAAGACCAAUCAAUGGAGCUAUUGAAGGUGUACAAGCUACAGUUAAUGGUACUAUCUCAACCGUUAAUGGUACAGUCAAUAAAACUUUAGUUGAUCCUGUUACUAAAGCCGCUGGUGAUAUUAAGGAAAAAAUCCAUACUACAAUCUAUGAUGAUGUUAAUGGUAAAUCACUUAUCACUAGUCAAGCUGAUCCAUUAGUUGGUCCUUUCAAUGAAAGUUUAGAAAAAUUUAUUCAUAAUCAUUUUCCAAAGACUAAAAUGGUUAGCAAAGAAGGCCAAUCAAGUGAGUUAUCACGUACAGUUCAAAUUGUUUCUAAUGUUAUUGUUGGAGCCAAAGAAGGUGAAUGAAACUACAACUGCCGCUACUGAAGAAGUAACCAUUCCAGAAGUUACUGAAGCUGAAGUUGAGGAUGUUACCGUUUAAGAUUUUUCAUAAAUCUUAUAAUUCUUCUUCCUUUUGUUUGUUUGUUUGUUUGUUUGUUGUUUUUUUAUUUUAUUUUUAUUAAUUGUUAUUUUUGAGUGUGGUUCAAUUAAGGAUAUUGACUUUCUUCAAUAAUCCUCUACUCUAUUAUUUUAUUCUCUUAUUAUUUUAUGAUUUUCUCUUCUCUUUUUAUACUUUGAUGUAAUCAUCAAAGGUAACCCUACUACCAAAUAAAAAUUUUCUCUAAAUGUUUCUACAUGUAGUUUU